AUACAAUGUUGUCAAAGACCUGAGUCGUUCCAACAGAGGGAGCUCGCCUUCUCAAGGCUGCAGCGUUCGGUUCGCUCUGCGAGUAGGCUUGAUUGAAUUGAUCCAUGGCGAUAUGCGGAUGAUCUCGGGGACAAGCUGUUAACUAGAAAGUAAAAAAGUAGGAACGCCUGUAUGGUUGGGGUUCCCCACGGAUAGCGAUAAGAUGGGAGGAGAGCAGGAAAUGUAGCAGGUUUAGUUGGACCCUUGGGCUAUGAUACACGGAUGGAUGUCAAGGAGCCCCGUAUCAAUUUGAUAUUGGCCGGCCCCGCACUAACCAAAUCAGGAUAAUCAAGCGAGCCCCUGAGGCCGUGCACCCGCCCAAAACAGGUCACGGAAGGGUGACAUUGCAACGUCAACUCAACAAUCCGCCCUGUUGCUACAAGAUUACAGCCAUCAAAAUCUCCUACCAGCAACCCUUUUCCAUCACAAAAAUACAACUACCAUAUUUUACAUGACCAGACCUUUCAUUUAAUACCAAUUUUGGGUUACCUCUCCCCCGGUCGCUGCCGUAUUCGCCCCCCAAAGAUCGCAUGACUAGGUACGGGGUUAUGGGGAGGACGCGCCCCAAAAAGCUCACCUCAAAAGCCUCUAUUCCGAUAGUCCGGGAACAUGAGAUAGAUAUAGUCGACGAUGAGGACCAAAGCGUCCUACAACAGAUUGAGACCGGCGUUGAGAAGGCGGAGGAGUCUGAAAUACAUCUCCAAGCAGCAAUAAAUGCUGCUGCCAGGGGAAAAGUAAAUGAGGCUCAUAUUCCUACCCCGGAGACCAUCCUCAGUAAUCUUCGAUAUGACGAGCUCUAUCCCCCCAUCUUCUCGCAACCGGCGACGUACAUUCGCUUCUCUUCAACCGUGGAGGAUUGUAGUGGAAGCCAGUACAACAUGAUCGAAGAGGAUGAUGCGUUUCUCAAGAUCAUGAAUCAGAAACGAGAUGGCUCCAGCCAGUGUACCGAAGACGAAUUUGAGGAAGUGAUCAGUUUCUUUGAGGAAACGGCUCAAUUGAAGCAGCCAUAUGCAGCUGUGGAUAAUCCACCUGUCCUUGCAUAUUCGGAAAUGGAAGAGUGCAUGGAUAAUGAUGCCGUAGAGGACAGCGUAAAGCGGUUUGCCAAGGACAUCUAUGUGCAUUGGAAAUCGAAAAGGAUCCGGACAGCAAACCGUCCGCUGCUGCCGAAUCUUAAGUUUGAAACGGGCCAAGAUACGGACGACUCCGAUCCUUAUGUUUGUUUCCGUAGACGCGAGGUCCGGCAGAUUCGCAAGACUCGUGGCAGAGAUGCUCAAAGCGCUGACAAACUGAGGAGGCUGAGAAAAGAGCUUGAAGAUGCUCGACAGUUGGUCGCCUUGGUCCGGCAACGUGAAGUGGCCAGAAAAGAGAUGCUUGCAGUCGAGCGGCAGAUAUUCGUACAACGCUCCGAAGUCAAGGAGAUGAAGAGGAAACUUGGCAUCAAGGAUGACGACGAGGAUCUCAUUAACCAGAAGCCAAAGAAGAAAGUCGUGGAGGUGCCAGCAGCACAGCACCUAGCAUCUCCUCAACUUCGGACUGCAAGAUCCGGGGCGCAGGCUGCAGAAGACUUGCAGUUGUUGGACGAUGUCCAAGCGGAGAAAGAAAACGAAAUUGUCCGUGAGAUCAAGCAAAAUAUUGCGAAACAUGUUAAGUGGAAUGAAGGUUAUGUCGAUUUGACGAGAAGACCUCUCUCGCCGCCUCCUGAAAGCACAUUCCAGGUUGCAUUCCGCCCGGCAAUAACGACCCAAUUGCCAACUCCUCCAUCUUCAAAUGCAUCUGAAGAGAUGGAAACAGCCCUAGAUACCCAAUCUCCUCAUCACCGAGACCAAUUAAUUCCUCAAGCAAUGGAUAUAGACGCAGGCGCCAAGAGAAUACCCUCCUUUAGAAGGCGUAUUGGACGUGGUGGUCGUCUGAUGAUUGAUCGUCGGAAUCUUGCUGCUCGGUAUAAAGCCGACAUGGACCCGUUAACGAUUGACAGGUUCAAGUUUGAUCGAGAAGAUUCGGACGAGGAGUCAACAUAUGAGCGAGACAAGUAUGACAUCCAGGUUAUGCAACAUCGAGCAAUUAUGGCGGCCAAGGCUCGUGACCAAGCUGUAGCGGCCGCACAGGCACACGCCCAAGCGCAGGCGCAGGCGCAUUCAGCUCAAGUACAAGCCCAAGCUCAAGCAGAGCGACGGUUGCAAGCCGAUCGAGCCGCGGCUAAUACUCCGAACAUGGGGCACACAAUGGGAUCGAACCCUGGCCCUGGUGCUGUUGCUCCGGCAUCACAAACCUGAACCGUUUCUUAUCCAUCUUGCCGUUUGCAGCGUUCGCCUUCUCUCUUUAUCUCUUCCUUCCACCAGUCCGCUGUAUUGUAUUUUUAUUGCUUUCCACACCCUCAACCAGCGAACUGCGAUAUGGCUGUCAGAACACCCUUCGUCCCCUUCCCUUGACACGAAUACUCACUUACACAUCUCAGCCACGAACCCCCCUUCACACACCUUCUAGCCAGUGAAGACAUCCAAUCUUAGAUGAACGUCCAUUGAAGGAUCAUCCUUCAAGGCUUUGACUCCGGAAUGGUGCGGAUGCCAUUGUACAUAGUAAUCUUUUUGAAACCAACCAGUCGAUGAGACUUGUGUGUAUGUAUACCAAGCCAUGAGGUUAAUGAAAAAAAAAAAAAAAAACAAAAAUAAAAAAAUUAAUAAUAAUAAUAAUGAAAUGUAACAAUAACUUUUUACCCUCGCUCACCGUUUAUCUUUUUUCUUUUCUGAAUUAUCGCGAUAGGGAAGUCUUUAAUUCCUUGUCAGUGGCUUGUUCAAGUUCUCCGAACCUUGGUUCUUCUGGAGUCAUCAAUGUCGCCGUGAGCGUCGCGUUUUAGGGUCGACUCGCUAUUGGCGGCCACAAGGCUGUCCAGUUGAGCAUGUAAACUCUCCAGGAUUUCUUUCUCACCGAUACGGACUUGGAUGGCCAUCUUCUGUCGUCGAGAGAACGUUUCCAGUGGACCGGAGGAUUUUAGCUGAUCCAGUUUUGCCAAAAUUUCUCUGUCUUGAGGGAUAUUCGUGCUGUAUCGUUCGCAUGUCAUUAGCACUGCCUUUUGGAGGAUCGUCGCUUCCGGCAGGCCGAAGGAGAGCUUUGGUGGUUUGUGCUUAGACACCUGCUUCUGAAACUGCUCCGGCGUUAAUGCAAGCGUUCGAAGCAGCAGUAUUAACUCAUCCGAGAGAGCAUCUUCCAAAGAAGUUUCCGGGGUAGGCCUUGGAAUGAUGUAUCCAUCAUCAAGUAGUUCAAGUUCUUCAAGAAACUGCAGCUGGAGAGGCCGUUAACAUUGUGGAUAGAUAGCAAGGGGGUAGCUGAGCAGCGGAACAUCCAACGUGAUAUACCUGGGGAUGAAUUUCGAUAUUGGCAUUCUCGAGGCCAGCGGCCUGGCAGAUAGUUUUCAAGGAUAGUUCGACCACAUCGUAAGGGGCGUAGCUGUCUGAGAUGUAACCGUAUCUCCUUAGCAGAUCUGCUCGGGGAAUUUCUCCAUUAUCAUCGAAAAUUUGUUCGCCCGCCUUAAUUAGCUUCGUUGUCUUCAUAAUCAGAAACUCUUCCUCCUGGAAAAGCCGAGCCUGC